AUGACGACUGAAACAGCGCAGCAGCAGCAGCUUGAUCCACCGCCCCCUCUCCGCUCCAGCCCGGUUUCCGCAGUCUCCAUGCACGCCGCGCUCCAGAGCUCCCGCACCACCCUGGAAAGCACCGGAGGCGCAAACAGCACCAAAGGUAAAAAGUCUAAUUCGGGCAUGAGGCGUCCUGAAAAGCCACCCUACUCAUAUAUCGCGCUAAUCGUGAUGGCCAUCCAGAGCUCGCCAACCAAGCGGCUUACAUUAAGUGAGAUUUAUCAAUUCCUGCAGGCCCGUUUCCCUUUUUUCCGAGGAUCCUAUCAAGGCUGGAAGAACUCCGUCAGGCACAACCUGUCUCUCAACGAGUGUUUUAUCAAGCUGCCCAAAGGCCUUGGUCGGCCUGGGAAGGGUCACUACUGGACCAUCGACCCGGGCAGCGAGUUUAUGUUUGAAGAAGGCUCGUUUCGUCGGCGGCCGCGCGGUUUCCGAAGGAAGUGCCAAGCUCUCAAGCCUAUGUACCGAAUGAUGAACGGCCUCGGCUUUGGACCUUCUGUGCUCCCACAGAACUUCGACUUCCAGCCGCCACCCGCGCCGCUAGGCUGCCACACGGGCGGUUACAACCUGGAUGCCAUGGCGAGUGGUGCUUAUGAUGGACUAGGAGCAGCCGGUCACCACGUACCAAGCCCGGGCUCCACAUACAUGACUCCGUCGUGUCAGGUCACCUCGAGCAGUGGCGACUAUGGUCCAGAUAACGGGAGCAGCAUAGGGAACGACAACAGUCCGCUUCAUUCUCCGCCGUCCAUGACUGGAUCUCUGGAGUGCGCUUCACCGUACGCCUCUGCGCACUGGUCCUCAUCCGCAGUGUCACCCUACAUCAAGCAGACGCAGCUGGGUGCGGGCAGCACGACCUCCUCCUCAUCCUCCGGAUUACACUCGAGUGUCGCGCCCUACGCCCUCGACCAGAGCUACCUGCAUCACGGAGUCAGGGACGCCGCUGACAUCUCAGUUGGAAUACCUCGAUACCAAACUCACUCGUCUCCAGUCUGCGACAGAAAGGACUUUGUGUUGAACUUUAACGGUAUUGCCUCGUUUCACCCCAGUGCUGGAGGGUCGUAUUACCAUCACCACCACCAUCACCAUCAACUACAUCACCAAGGUAUCUGCCAGGACAUCAAGCCAUGUGUAAUGUAG